UCUUUGACAUCUAAGCAAAGGCAGUUUGCGUAUGUGUGUGAUUGCGAUCUCAGAACCCGUUCGAAGUGGGAGUACAGAGAGAGUGUGGAGUGUCACGAUAAACUGAGCCACGAAUAUAACGAUUAAUAGAAAAGCGUUUUUCUUCGGAUGCAAGCGCAAAGACCGUUUCCUCAUUUUGAAGUGGCUACGAUGCAGAGUUUUCCAACUCACUACCAUCAGUGGAAGAAACGAAGCCUUCUGCCUUUUUCUGAGAAUUCGAUGCACGCGAAGCACAACAGUAUGCCGACCCUUGGCAACAGUCGCGGCGCGAUGUCCACUUACGUUCGCCAAUGGACAGACUUCACUCCAGAGGGUUACACUCGCUAUACACCUCCUUGGAUUAAUGAUGAAGCGGAAUACGACUCGGCUCUUACAGCGUCCCCAACACUGACCAACACGAGCGGGCUAACACCAUCAGCUUCUCCUACAUUUGCUCCACGUCCAAUUCGAAGAAGGCUUGAUCCGGGUGAAGCUUUACCUACCGACAUCGGUGAGCCCACUCCACCGCCUCCACCCUCCGAAUACACCGUUCGUCGGCCUACAAACAGGCGCCCGCGUAACCGAGGCAAAUUCUGCGUCGUUUGUAAGGAAAGCGGGGCCGAUUCCGGAAUUUAUCGCAGUCAUAAUGUCAAGGACGAGAACGGCGUCGUUCUCUGCCCAGGACUGCGGACCUACAACUGUCCGGAGUGCCAAAAUGGUGGUGGGGAUAGCGCACACAAAGUAGAACAUUGCCCGCUACGGAGAGCCCGCAUGUUAGAUCAGAUCGUUCAGGAAGGCGUAGAAAGGCGUCAAGCUUUAACGAGCGGUAGGAUCGUAGCUGACCAGACAGUGGGUUGACGCUUGCUGCCAAAUUAAUACGAAGAGACUUGCAUCACUAGGAUUUAAUAACUGCUUUAAUAAUUGACUGUAUCAAGUGUACGCUUCUGUACAGGUUUUACGUUAUAGACAGUAUGUUAUAAUAUAAAAUAAUAUAUAAUGGCAGUAUGUUUUAAUGGUAAUGUUACUGUCCAAGCUCUCACUACAAAAGUUCGAUUAGUACUCAAAGGUACGAACUACUAGGAGAAGAUUCAAUGCAGCACCGGUGCUCUGGUGGAUUUUUUUAAAUGUUUACUCGAUUGGGAACCUUAAUAAUACCUGACUGAGGGACAAACGGUUCUUAUAAUUUAAUUCUUAUAAUAUGAGUGCACACAUGUUCGUCAUGUUGGCAUGUUAUCAUAAUUUUAUUUAUCGAAGGUGUCGAUUCGAAAGAUGGUGCAUAAUAUCUGAAGGCUACGAAAAAUUAGUGUCGUAAUAGCUUUUCUCCAAUGCAUAUGUAUGCGACGCAUAUUGGAGCGCAAGACUUCUACUGGCUCUCCUUUGAAUCAUAGUCUAACCACGAAGGUGUGAUUUAGUUGCUGAUCUGUCCUUGUACUUUGAUAGAUUGUUUUAUGUGAAUACUGACAAUAAUUGGCCUAUUCUAUUGCCUGCAUGGUUGGUUGGAGCUAUGACGGCUUAUUCGACGUAGCAAUCGUAUAGUGCGGUGUAUUCUCGGAGCAGCGGCUCCGUCGUCUGAAUAAUUUAGCUCGGAUGCCUUUGGAAAUGGCGUUGCAAAGACACCGUGGUGGAACCAUUCGAAUUGGAGUUUGUUUGUUCUUAGCCAGCAGAUGACGAUAGACGAUGAACUGAACACAGUGUAUGUAUAGUAGAUGUAUACAACUUCUCAAUCAUGGAAAAGCAACAACAACAUGAGAUGAAGUGCGCACUUGAUGAUAUUAUGUAAUAUAGAUAAAUAAGUUGUAUAAUUGAUAUUUCCAAUAAAAAUUAAUAACGAUAAAAACAGAUGGGAAGCCAAUGUCGGAUCGCGAUCUGGAGAACGUACUGUGUAUAGCUAUAUGUGAAUAAACAAAACUAUAUUCUAACUGUAAUUCUACUCAGUUUUGAGUUUCGUAC